UACGGUUAUGUAAACAAAUAACAAAUGGUUACAGUCCAAAAGUCCAAAGGUUACUUAAUUUCACUGUGUGCAGCUUAGCUGUUAGCUUUUACAGUUCCUUCGGUAUAACGAUAAGACUUGAAAAUGCCUUUAAAAGGCAUCAAAGUCCUCGAAUUAGCGGGCCUAGCACCCGCCCCUUUCUGUGGAAUGAUUCUUUCGGACUUCGGGGCUUCAGUUUUGAGGGUUGAUAGGAUCUCAUCCAACACAGAUUUAGACUGUCUUGGGCAUGGCAAGCAAUCGAUAGCUUUGAAUUUGAAGGAUCAGAAGGGAAUUGAGAUAUUUCGUAAACUCUGCAGUUCGUCUGAUGUACUUUUAGAACCUUUCAGAAAGGGUGUGAUGGAAUCGCUAGGGUUGGGUCCUUCAGUUCUGAUGGAGCUCAACCCUAAAUUGAUAUACGCUAGACUAACUGGUUUUGGUCAGUCGGGUCCGUACAGUAACAAAGCAGGUCAUGAUAUAAACUUCUUGGCGAUGUCGGGCUUGUUAUCGUUGUUUGGUCGUAAAAAUGAGAAACCGACAUUUCCUGUCAAUACUGUAUCUGAUUUUGGUGGAGGGGGACUGAUGUGUGCUUUGGGAAUUUUGUUGGCUCUCAUAGAGAGAGGACAAUCUGGAAAAGGACAAAUCGUCGAUAAUAACAUGGUCAACGGUACUGCCUAUCUUGGAAGUUGGUUGUAUAGGUCGCAAAAUUUGCCGAUUUGGGGUCAAAAGAGAGGAGAAAAUGUACUGGACAGUGGAUACCACUUUUACGAAGUAUAUGAAACUAAAGAUGGAAAAUAUUUAUCAGUAGGAUCACUCGAACCACAGUUCUACCACGACCUAUUGAAGGGCUUAGGUUUGAGUUCAGAUGAUGCCCCACAAUACGAUACAAACAUGAAGGAGGUUUUUUCAAACAUAUUCAAAGAGAAAGAUCUGAAAGAAUGGUUGAAAAUUUUCGAAAAUUUGGACGCAUGCGUCGCUCCAGUCCUGUCUAUUGUGGAAGCUCCUUUACAUCCACACAACAUCGAACAGGAGGCUUUCUACGAAUUGGAAGGAAAAUUCCAUCCUUCACCUGCCCCUAAACUGAGUAGAACUCCUGGUUCUGCUAAAAAUAAAAAAGUACCAGAAAUAGGGGAACAUACUCAAAGUAUCCUCAGAAGUUUGAACUAUUCUGAUGAACAGAUCUCUGAAUUAGAAAGAAAUGGUUGUGUUGGGAUAUAUCGGCCAAGCAAACUUUGAUGAAUUCCCUCAAUCUGCUUCAACAGUGACUGGUCUCAAAUUAUACAAUUAAAGAAAAAAGGGGAUAAUUCAAAGUGAACUUGAUGGAUUAUUUCUAGAAUAUUGUACAAGGGUUGUGAGGAUAAUGGGAAUAGGAUUAGAAUUUUAUCUGAAAAAUGAGACUGUAUGAAAACCCUAAGAAAAAAAUUAUGCACAUUUUGGUUUUUUGACCAAUGAAAAUAUUUAUUUUGAAUAAUAAUAUAAAUUGAAUUGAA